AUGGUUGUUAUAAGUUCCGAGCGGUUCAGUGAAAUUCAAAACUUUAUUCGUGACUAUAACGGUCUAUGGAUUAACUGCACCUUUGAAUUAGAGAACAAGUUCCCCGAGUACUCGGCGGAUACUCUCGGGAGCAUUAUCGCGAAAGAGGUGGUGCAAAAAGUCAAAUCAAACCAUAGUAAAUUAAGCGCAAAUGCCGAAUCGUUAGUGAAAGAGUAUCAAACCAUCGCCAAAGAGACGAGGGCCCACGAUGUGAUACAAAAAAUGGCCGUAAAGCUGACCAUUCCCUCCAUGGUAUUGUGUCGCAUAAUUUUGGGGCAUAUUUAUCAAACUGCGCCUCGAGGUGAGGUGGCAGAGAUGCUGCGUAUGCCGGACCUCAUAAGUGAUUCAUUGCUCGCGGUUAACGUCGGUUAUUGUUUGUACAGCGAAAAUAUGGACGGACCCGUGACCGACAUCGUACGAAGGUGCAUCGGCGAGGAGUACGAAAUAAGGCUUAAGAAACUAGCCCGUGAUGCGGGUAUGUUCUUCUACGACGAAGGAGACCUUCGCAGGACGGGGUAUGAUAAAACGCCGGAUUUGAAGAUGGCAGUGCCAUUCAUAUUCCGCGGGAAGGUGGUAAAUUGGAUCGAAAGCAAGGCAUCGUUCGGCGAUAUGGACUCUCAUAAACGAUAUAUUAAGGAUCAACUAGCAAGUUAUGGUAAUCGGUUCGGGCCUGGUAUAGUUAUAUACUGGUUCGGAUAUUUGGAGAGUAUCGCAGAUUGUCCUGAAAACGGCAGCUCUGUGAUAGUAACGGACGGUUUUCCCAAGAUGGAUGAAAUGGAAUUCCUCACGUUCACCUUACCAGAAUCGUUAGCAAUAGAUGCAUCAAAAGAUGCAAACGAUAAGGCAAUUACUGUUAAUAAGCAAUAA